AUCUCAUUAACGUGCCCUCCUGAAAGCCAUUUUGUUUUUCAGAUUUCUUCGCAAGGGUACUUGACUCCAAGUUCCAACUACCGGCCGCUGCAGUUGCUGCAGUGCUGUCCUCAGCUUCACGAUGUUUCCGUUGGCCAAAAACGCGCUAAGCCGUCUCCCAGUUCGAAGCAUUCAGCAAACAAUGUCAAGGCAGAUUCACCAGAAGAGGACACCUGAUUUCCAUGACAAAUAUGGCAAUGCUAUUUUAGCUAGUGGAGCCACCUUUUGUGUUGCUACAUGGACCUAUACAGCAACACAAAUUGGAAUAGAAUGGAACCUGUCCCCUGUUGGCAGAGUCACCCCAAAGGAAUGGAGAGAUUAGUAAUCAUCCCAAAGUUGGUGUGAUAAUGAAUUAUUUAAAACCAACUCAUGAUUGAUGGCAAGUGAAAGCAAUGUAUACCUAUUAAAAUAUGGCAUGAAUGGAGAAAUAAAAUACAUUUGAAACCUU